UACAGUAUCUGUGCCAGUGUUAAAGGAGGCCCGUUUUAGAGAAACUUGAGACCGUGUUGUGCUGUAACCAACUUUUCAUCUUUCAACAUCUGUUUUUGUUUUGCUGCUUUUGGCUGGAUUUACGGUGCUAGAGCUCGCUCAUCCAUAGCUUGAAGCACUGCGUCUUCUAACUGAGGGUGGUAAGGCAUGCUUCAGUGCUUGGUUCCUGUUUGUAAAAUGGUUUAUAUCUGCCACAGACGUCACCUGCUCUCAGAACUAACUGAUCCAGAAAGCAGACAUCUUAUUUUGACAUGAAGAAAGAUAUUGAGACAUUAAUAGCAGAGGAACGGGCUGAAAUCAUCUCAAAAUAUGACAAGGGCAGGCAUGAGGGUGUAGAGAUUGACCCGUGGGAGGAUGCCGAUUUCAACAUCUACAAAGUCACCGAUCGCUUCGGUUUCCUGCAUGAGGAGGAGCUUCCAACACCGAGUGCACUUGAGGAGAAGCAAAAACAACAAGAGAUUGAGAGAGUGGACAAAUGGCUAAAAAUGCUGAAGAAAUGGGACAAGUACCGAAACAGCGAAAAGAUGUUGCGGAGAGUCUAUAAAGGAAUUCCUUUACACCUUCGGGGUCAGGUGUGGUCCGUCCUUUUGGAAGUUGAGAAGUUAAAGAAUGAAAAUGUUGGAAAGUAUGAGAAAAUGAAAGAACAGGCCAGGAGCUACUCCACAGAAAUUAAGCAAAUAGAUCUUGAUGUUAACAGGACCUUCCGGAAUCACAUAAUGUUCAGGGAUCGGUUUGACGUGAAGCAGCAGGCCCUGUUCCACGUGUUGGCAGCCUACUCCGUUUAUAACACGGAGGUGAGCUACUGUCAAGGCAUGAGUCAGAUAGCAGCCAUCUUACUGAUGUAUAUGAACGAGGAGGACGCCUUCUGGGCCCUGUCACAGCUGCUGACAAACCAGAAGCAUGCAAUGCAUGGGUUCUUUAUCCCAGGAUUUCCCAAACUUCAGAGGUUUCAGGUGCACCAUGAUCAGAUAUUAUCUAAGCUGAUUCCAAAGCUGAAGAAACACUUGGACAAGGAGCAGAUGUCAACAGGGAUUUACACAACCAAGUGGUUUCUUCAGUGCUUCAUUGACAGGACACCAUUCACCCUGACUCUGCGCUUAUGGGAUAUCUAUAUCCUGGAAGGGGAGAGAAUCCUGACUGCCAUGGCCUACACCAUUCUCAAACUGCACAAGAAACGUUUACUCAAAAUGUCGCUAGAAGAUCUUCGGGAGUUCCUACAGGAGAAGAUCGCAGGAUCUUUCAGCUUAAAUGACGACUCAGUCAUUGAGCAGCUCCAAGCAUCCAUGUUAGAACUACGCAAAAUGAAGCUUGAUCUUCCUCCUCCAGCUAAACCUGAAGAGUUUCCAAAGAAUCCCCUUGGCCAGGAACUGCCAGUUUUGCUUGUACCAGUAAAACCCUGCCAAGCUGCCAAUGACAAAAGCAAAACUGUACCAGGGACAGUAGACCUUAGAACUGACAGAGAGCAGGAGACAGUUCUGCCAGAUAAAAGCCCUUCUCCACUCCAUGAACGGGACCCAAAAACACCUAAUGGGGAAAAUGUGACAUUGCCCUCUCCCAGUCCUGUCAUGGUGCACAGUCAUGAAGUAAAAACCCCAGUCAGGAGCUGGCCCCACACCCCAGAAGACAGAGGUCCUUCCGGAAUCCAAAUACCAGUCAACACCAUACCUCAGACUGCGGAUAGAAUUCCAGGGGGAAAGGACACAAGUUCGGAUAACAGAGCAGAUCUCCCUGGCCCGCACGGAGGUGUUGUUUCCAGACGGCAGCUGGAGACGAAAGGAGCUCUCCCGGCGGCAGGCGCAGGUGGCUCGGUGGGAGACGAGAAGGAGGAGGACCAGGCAGCCGACGGUGAACCGCAAGGGGAGCCCAGUGAGUGGCCGCCGCCCUAUGAACCCCCCGAAACGGCUGGAGACCCCGUCGCGUUGCCUGUGCAGCUCCUGGAAGAACAUCUGCCGCUUCCUCCCCCUCCUCCUCCCCUGCCUCAGUUUUGCGCAGACCCCCCAGACGUGCAGCCUGGACGACGCUCUUGCGCGACCCCCUCCGUGGAGGCAGAGGUACCUCAAGCCGAGAUGCCUUGCCCAGGCAUCCCGCCGAAGCCUCCAGACCUCGCUCCCCUCCGGAUAUCUGAGGACCCCUCAUGUGCCGACGUGGACGCCACAGGAUUCCCGGGCAGCCUCGGAGUGCCUGGUCACUCCGGGGAAAGGAGGUCGUCGAACACGUCGCACUACGAUAACAUGGAAGAGGGAGCAGAGGAUCCGUAUCCGCAUGUGUUGCCGGACUCGGCGGCUGCGCUGACACCGCCUGAGCCUCCAGAGGGGAGUUCAAGCCUUCCAGUACCUCCCGAGUCCAACGAUCCCAUGAUGUUUCCUCCCCCACCCCCACCCGUGGCCUUCUUCCCUCCAAAGCAGGCUGCCCUGCCUCCUUCCGCCAACUCAGACUCUCCUUCCCUGGCGGUUCUCGGGCCGGAUGAUCCAAACCGACAGGGCGCUGGCGAUCCUCUGGAUCUGCCCGCCCCGCCGUUCCGUGAGAGACUACGCCCAUUUCAGCCGCCCCAGGGCACUCCCCCAGGAUGGGGAGAUCCUGGCACGGGCCACAGUCUGGGGAAACAAAUGGGACCCUCCAGGCCCAUCCAGGAUAACCGCCAGCUCCCCGAGAGCUGCAUGGAGGCUGGAACCCUCUUUAUUGUGGAAGAAGGAGAGGCAAAGGACUUCCAGUGCGCUUCUUCUAAUGUGCUCCCGAGACCGACGCCUUCCGCAAUAACAGCUCCAAAACGUUCUCCACACGCUCUGGCAAAGAGAGGACCUCCGGGCGUCCCUGUGACACAUUCCGACUCUGAUUUUUACCGGACACAUGCUCCUGGUCACCAAGUUCCAAAAUCAGUGACGUUUUAAAUCUGUAUUUCGGUUACUUUGGACUGGAUGGGGAUCCUUUUCUUAUGUUUCAACAAGUAUCUUAGCAAUUUACAGCAAAGUUGCUGUCAUGUAAAUUCUUGGAGUUCAUUGAGAGUGAAAAACAAUUUCUUUUAAUUUCACCAUUUUCAAGCAAGAACCUUUCUUAAUGCCUUUUCAGUUUUUUUUAAAACAUUGAUUUUAAUUUUUUAUAGUGGUUAGUUUAAGCAUCUUUCACAAUUGAGAAAUACAAAGACCAUGCAUUUUCAAAAAAGCAUUAGUUUUGAAAAGGAAUGAGUUCAGGACACUUGGAUCUUAAAGCAAUUUCUAUUUGAAAUAUGGUUGAGUGCAGGGUAGAUAUUUAAAGUUAAUUCCAUUCUUAUUUGAAGGAUUAUUAUUAUUAU